CAAUCAAUCUCCAGCUGUACAAGCAAGGCCAGGCAAUCUAAAUCUCUCCCACCUGCAUCAGCGAGAGAACUGUGGAUAUGGCUCAAUCAACCGCAGAUGCGGCUCGACUUGCCUUGCAAUAACUCUAAUGAACUCUAAAAAAUCCACCUCCAUCAUCCCACACCCUCCCCUCCGCAUUAUUGUCACUGCUGGUCCGUCUGCUCGUUUGCAUGCAUGCAAUAACGCUACCCUCGCCCUUGACGAAGACCAGCCGAACGAGAGGGAGAGAGAGCAGCCUAUAGUAGAAUUCUCCCGCCAUCCAAGCUGCCCCGCAAAAAGCAGCCAGACAGAAUCCGAACGAGACAAGCCUGCUAACCAUCCAUCAGCGUCUGGUGCAGGCGAAAAAGAGACCUGGGGUAAAAACAGAACCUCAAUCAAAUUCACCACGCUAUCACAAACCUGCAUGAAGGAGCCGCUUUAUGCUCCCCUCAUCUUCGACAUCCCCACACAAACCACCUCUCGGCGCAAAGGGUCAGCAUCAUCAAUCACUACUUGUCUAGUUGUAGUAAUCCGAACAUCAUCUCUCGCACAUACUUACACACGGAUAGCAUGGUAGGGCAAUCGCGCUACUAAGGAGAAAAUAACCAAACUUUAACCCUCCUAUGCACCACAGACCGAUCAAAACUCUUCAGAAGGGUCCUCGGAAAGCCAAUUUAUCCAUCCUGUCCUUCCAUCCCGACCCCAUGCCGUC